UGAAUUGGUUGUUGCUAAAAUUAUGUGUUACUAACUUUCUGCCUAUAUUUGCAACAAUGGCUAGGCCAAGAAGGUUCAAGGCUACACCACUUGAUACAGAGAUCACUUCUGCAAAUUCUGAUGAGGUUAGGUGUAAACGCUUUAAGGUUGCACCACCUGAAGCUGGUUCUGCAUCACAAACUUCGUCUAAUGGUAGUGAUCAUGUUAGCAUGCCACCGACACAUAGGCCUGAGUAUGCUUCAUCUGAAUCUGAUUCAUCGGAUGAUGAUGAUGUCCCUCCUACUUCUAGUGAGACUACUGUAAGUAAGAAGAAGAGCUAUUGGAUUGUCAGUCUUAUUGAUAAGGGUGGUACCAUUACAGAAGGAAGACCGAAGGUGUGAGAUAUUUGGUCACUUCCUACGGGUAAAAGAAUUAUCAUCCCGUGCAAUGAGCUUGGCCAA